AUGGGGAGUGUGGAUUUGGGAAUGGCAUAUUCCCGUUCGGAGAUCUCUGGUUUGUUGGCGGAUUCUUCAUGGGAAAAUGCCAACGGAGCAUUUUGGAUGUCCAGGAUGUUCACAGCCUUUUGGUGGCUGCAUGGAAUAGAGAGCUUAGUCCUCAAGUGGCUUGCUUCUGGAAAGCUGGUUAUUCAGUUCAUUAAAGUGGCGUUCCUUGAUAUUGAGCAAAACUUUAAGAAGAUUGGUCGCAUGGCUAAUUCUUGUCAGGAUCUUAUGGUUUUGAGAAAAUUGGGUGUGAAACCGAGAGCUGCUCCUCCCCCGACCUUUAUUAACGUCUACUGGUGGCCUCCGCCUAAUCAGUGGAUUAAGGUCAAUACUGACGGUUCGGCGUUGGGUGCCCCUGGGAAGAUUGCUGCUGGAGGUGUAUUCAGGGAUAAGUUCAGCUGGGUUCGUGGAUGUUUUCAUAUCAAAGGCGGUAUUGGCUUUGCUUUUGAAGCUGAAUUGUUAGCAGUUAUUUCGGCGAUCCAAAUUGCUUUUUAUAAGAAUUGGCGGUAUCUUUGGAUUGAGUCGGAUUCAACUUAUAUUGUGAAUUUGCUUCAUUCUCGUUCUCUCAAUGUUCCUUGGCGUUUUGCAGCACGCUGGAGGGAGGUGUUGGUGCUUCUCUCGGAGUUUAAUCUUCAUAUUACUCAUAUUUUUCGGGAGGGCAACAAAGUUGCUGACAUCUUGGCGGCGGAUAAUGUGCAGGAGGGUUGGUGGCCUAUGGAAAUUGAUGCUAUAUAUCAAGAAAGCUGUUAG